AUGGAUACUAAUAAUUGGAGACCUAAUCAAGGGGCUGAACCCAACAUGGAUAAUAGUGAUUGGAGAGGUCAAUUGCAGCAAGAAUCACGCCAAAGAAUUGUUAACAAAAUAAUGGACACGUUAAAAAGGCAUCUUCCUGUUUCUGGUCAAGAGGGAUUGCAUGAACUUCGGAAGAUUGCCCAAAGGUUUGAAGAGAAGAUUUUUACGGCUGCAACAAGCCAGUCUGAUUAUCUAAGGAAAAUAUCUUUGAAGAUGCUUACAAUGGAGACUAAAUCCCAGGGCACUUUGGCCAACAAUAUAACAUCGAAUCUAGUUGGCCCUAGCAAUAAACCUCCUGAUCCAGGACUUGGUAUGCAGUCUCAAGUUCACAAUCAAGGGCAGCAACAUCCUAUUCCUUUGUCCAAUCAGCCCCAGUCACGCCAACAGCUUCUAUCUCAAAACAUUCAAAAUAAUAUUGCAUCUCAGCCCAACCUUCCACCUGUAUCUGGUCUAGCCCAGGCUUCCAUCCCGAAUGUUGGCCAGAAUUCCAACAUUCAAAAUAUGUUUAAUGCUUCCCAGAGACAAAUGCAAGGGAGGCAGCAAGUUCUUCCUCAACAACAGCAGCAGCAGUCACAGAAUCCACAACAGUAUCUGUACAACCAACAGCUUUUGAGGCAUAAGCUUCAGAUGCAAUCUCAACAGCAACAGCAGCAACAGCAGCAGCAGCAGCAGCAACAGCAACAGCAGCAGCAGCAGCAGCAGCAGCAGCAGCAGAACCUUCUACAAUCAAAUCAGUUACAAUCUUCCCAGCAAUCUGGCAUGCAGCAGCCUUCCAUGAUCCAAACAUCUUCUCUAUCUGGCAUUCAGCACAAUCAGCAGUCUAAUAAUGGUCAACAGUCAACACAGUCCAUGCUUCAGCAACACCCUCAAGUUAUCAGGCAGCAGCAACAACAGACUUCUAUUAUUCAUCAGCAACAAACACCAAUGACUCAACAGUCAAUAUUACCUCCACAACAGCAGCCACAGCAACAGCUUAUGGGAAAACAGGCAAAUGCAACCAACAUGCAACACUCCCAGAUGCUUGGGCAACAGAAUAAUGUUGGUGAUUUGCAGCAAUCACAGAGGUUACUUGCACAGCAGAAUAAUCUUUCAAACUUGCAACAGCAGCAACUAGUAAAUCAGCAAAACAACUUAUCAAAUAUACAUCAGCAAUUGGGAAACAAUGUCCCUGGGUUACAGCCGCAGCAAGUCCUUGGACCUCAAUCUGCCAAUUCAGGCAUGCAGACAAGCCAGCACUCUGCUCACGUGCUACAGCAAUCGAAGGUUCCAAUUCAGCAGCAAUCACAACAAGGUGCAUCAAAUUUGUUACCAUCUCAAGCACAGCAGUCACAACAACAAGUGCCACAGCAGCAAUUGAUGCCACAGAUUCAAUCUCAGCCUGCACAAUUGCAACAGCAAAUGAGUUUGCAGCAGCAACCAAAUCAUUUGCAACGAGAUAUGCAGCAAAGGCUUCAGACACCGGGUUCCAUACUUCAACAAACGGGUGUUCUUGAUCAACAAAAGCAGUUAUAUCAAUCACAAAGACCCCUUCCGGAAACUUCGUCAAAUUCUCUGGAUUCAACAGCACAGACUGGACAACCAAGUGGGGCUGAAUGGCAAGAAGAGUUGUAUCAAAAGAUCCAAGUUAUGAAAGAGAGCUACUUGCCAGAGCUAAGUGAAAUGUAUCAGAAAAUCGCAACGAAACUUCAACAGCAUGAUUCUCUUCCCCAGCAGCCAAAGUCAGAUCAGCUUGAAAAGCUUAAGGUAUUUAAAAUGAUGUUGGAGCGUCUUAUAACAGUCCUCCAGGUUUCCAAGAGCAACAUCACGGUUGGUUUAAAGGAGAAACUGGGUUCAUAUGAGAAGCAGAUUAUAAAUUUCAUAACUACAAAUAGACCUAGGAAAAUAUCUUCACUGCAGCCGGGGCAGCUUCCCCCACCUCACAUGCACUCCAUGUCACAGACUCAGUCCCAGGUUACUCAAGUGCAAUCUCAUGAAAAUCAAAUGAACUCUCAGUUACAAGCAACAAAUAUGCAAGGCUCUGUAGCAACAAUGCAGCAGAAUAAUAUGACGAGCAUGCAACAUAGCUCUCUGUCUGGUGUAUCUACAGCACAACAGAAUAUAAUAAAUACAAUGCAGCCAAGUGCCAGUUUGGAUUCAGGACAAGGAAAUAUGAACUCCCUUCAACAAAACCCUGUUACUGCUUCUCAACAAACUAAUGUUAGCUCCUUAUCUUCACUAGCUGGGGUAAAUGUGAUCCAACAAAAUCAUAAUUCCCUCCAGCCAGGUUCUGGUAUGCUUCAACACCAGCAACUAAAACAACAGGAACAACAAAUGAUGCAGAAUCAACAAUACAAUAAUCAGUACCAGCGGCAACUGAUGCAGAGGCAGCAGAUGCUACACCAGCAACAUCAACAACAGUUGCACCAGCCAGCAAAACAACAGCUGCCUGCGCAGUUGCAAACACAUCAAAUGCAACAACUUCAGCAAAUGAAUGAUGUAAAUGACAUGAAGCUGAGACAAGGAAUUGGUGUUAAGCAAGGAGUUUUUCAGCAACACCUUGCUUCAAGUCAGCGUUCUGCUUAUCCCCAUCAACCGUUGAAGCAAGGUCCGUUUCCCGCUUCACCCCAACUACUACAGGCUACAUCUCCACAGAUUCCCCAACAUUCAUCUCCCCAGAUUGACCAACAAAACCACCUCCAAUCUCUGACAAAAGUUGGUACCCCUUUGCAAUCUGCUAACUCACCUUUUGUAAUCCCCACUCCUUCACCUCCCUUAGCUCCAUCUCCUAUGCCAGGAGAUUUUGAAAAGCCCAUUUCUGGUAUUUCAUCAAUUUCAAAUGUUGGACACCAACAAAUUGGGGGUGGGGGUGCAGCAGCACCUGCUCAGUCACUUGCCAUCGGAACUCCUGGAAUAUCAGCCUCUCCAUUACUGGCAGAGUUCACCAGUCCAGAUGGUGCUCAUGGUAAUGCAUUAGCGCCCCCUUCAGGAAAAUCAACUGCUACUGAGCAGCCUUUCGACCGCCUAAUUAAAGCGGUGAGUUCAUUGACCCCUGCAGCUUUAAGGGAUGCUGUCAGUGAUAUAGGUUCAGUUAUCAGCAUGAACGAUAGGAUAGCAGGGUCAGCUCCAGGCAAUGGAUCCAGAGCUGCUGUUGGUGAAGAUUUGGUUGCCAUGACUAAUUGUCGCCUUCAAGCUAGAAAUUUCAUCACUCAAGAUGGUGCGAAUGGAACCAGGAGGAUGAAACGCUCCACAAAUGCUACACCCUUGAACGUUGCAUCUUCUGCUGGUAGUGUGAAUGAUAGUUUCAAGCAGUUCUCUGCUAUGGAGGCUUCUGAUUUGGAGUCAACUGCAACAUCUAAUAUCAAGAAGCCAAGGAUUGAGGCUAAUCAUGCCCUUUUGGAAGAAAUUAGGGAGGUUAAUCAACGACUUAUUGACACAGUAGUAAGCAUAAGUGAUGAAGAAGGUGAUCCAACUGCAGCAGCAGCAGCUGCUGAAGGGGCAGAAGGGACUAUUGUCAAAUGUUCUUACAUUGCUGUGGCUCUCAGUCCAAGCUUAAAAGCCCUUUAUAAUUCAGCACAGAUGUCGCAAAUUCAACCCCUGCGCCUCCUUGUUCCUACAAAUUAUCCCAAUUGUUCCCCCAUAUUCCUAGACAAGUUUCCAGUUGAAUCCAGUAUGGAGAAUGAAGAUCUUUCUGCCAAAUCGAAGUCAAAGUUUAGUGCAUCCUUGCGUGGUUUAUCACAACCUAUGUCUCUUAAAGAUAUAGCAAAGACUUGGGAUGUAUGUGCUCGCACAGUAAUUUCUGAAUAUGCACAGCAGCGUGGUGGAGGGACUUUCAGCUCUAAGCAUGGCUCUUGGGAGGAUUGCUCCGCAUGGUGA